AUGGACACUGGAACAUCUUCUACUGCCAUUGAAGAUAAAAGUGGCAAUAAUAGAAAAAGAUCCAGCUUGGAAGGAGGGAUUUACCGAGCUAAGCAACACUUGGCUGGGGGACAUCGCAAUGUCACCAUGUGUAAAAGGUGUCCAGCACAUGUACGUGAAGAAAUACAAGACUAUAUGCUAAAAAAGGUUGCAGCAAAGGACUUUGAUAAAACUUCUUUUCCUGAUUUUGAAGAUGUUGAGAGGAUGGGUGAUGAUGAAGACGAAGAUGAAAUUGGUGCAAACAUAGAAGUCCCACAACAAAGAAGUAAUAAAGUUGCAUAUAUGAGAAAGAAGCUAAGGACAAAGGGUCCUAUUGAUGUAUUUUUUACUCAAAAUGCAGAAAGGGCAGUGAAAGAUAGGAAGAAUGCAAAGUUGAAGCAAACGACCAUAAAUGAGGCAUGUAAAAAGGAAUUGCGAGAAAAGGCAUGUAGGGAUAUAGCUCGAUGGAUGUAUGAUGCGGUAAUUCCUUUCAAUGCUGCCAAUUAUCCAAGUUUUCAAGUGAUAUUAGAGUCUGUUGGACAAUUUGGUAUUGGUUGGAAGGCACCAAGUUACCAUGAAUUGCGGAUUCCCUUGUUGAAUAAAGAAGUUACUGAUGUGAAGAAUGAAUUGAAGUCCUAUGAAGAAGAAUGGGCAAAGUAUGGUUGUUCUAUAAUGGCAGAUGGUUGGACAGAUAAAAAGCAAAGGACUUUAAUUAAUUUCUUAGUGAAUUCUCCAAAGGGAACAAUUUUCCUUGAGUCUGUAGAUACUUCAGAUUAUUCAAAGACUGGUGAGAAGAUGUUUGAGCUGCUUGAUAGAAUUGUGGAGCGUGUUGGGGAGGCUAAUGUGGUUCAAGUAGUGACAGAUAAUGCUAGCAACUGUGUGCUUGCAAGAAAGUUGUUACAAGUCAAGCAUCCACACUUGUACUGGACUCCUUGUGCUGCCCAUUGCUUAGAUUUGAUUUUAGAAGACAUUGGGAAAAUACCAAAAUUUCAUAACACAAUUAAAAGGGCAGUGACAAUGAAUGGCUACAUUUAUGUUCGUCCAGAGGAAUGGACCACAAGUAAGUGGGCAAAAGAGCAAGCUGGUAAAAAAGUGACUAGUAUUGUGAUGAUGCCUAGUUUUUGGAGUACUAUGGUGUACAUCUUAAAGAUAUCUGGUCCAUUAGUCCGUGUGCUUCGAUUAGUUGAUGGUGAGAAAAGGCCUGCAAUGGGAUAUAUUUAUGAGGCUAUGGAUAGGGCUAAAGAAGCAAUUGCAAAGUCAUUUAUUGCUGCAGAUGAAGAGGUUAUGGCUGCUGAAUGGUGGAAUGCUUACGGAGCUUCAACUCUAGAUUUGAGAAAUUUUACAAUAAAAGUGCUUAGCCUCACUUGUAGUGCAUCUGGUUGUGAGCAUAAGUGGAGUAUCUUUGAGCAUUAUAAUCGGGCAUUAAGGCGCCGAUAUGAUGCACGUCACCGCAUUGACCCCAUUUCAUUGAAAGACAUAGAUGAUAGUAAUGAAUGGUUGAUGGGUCAUAUGGAAGAAGAGUUAGAAAAUGAUGAACUUGUGUUUGAAGAUGACAAUUUGACUUGGAAUGUGGUUGCUGAAGCUAUUGGACAUAAAGGAAAGCCACCAUCUAGAGCUGAUACUCCUUUACUUAGAGAAGAGACAUCUUCUGAGGAAGAUGAAUAUAUUGAUUUUGAAGAAGAUGAGUAUGAAGAGGACGAAGUUGAAGGGGAAGAUAAGGAAGAUCUUAAUGCUACUUUUGAUAUAGAUUGA